CCUUUUUCAUUAUUACGAUUAUUUUUACCUUAUCAUCCUCGUUAUGUAAAUAAUAAGUUUGAAAAUAUUUUUCGUUUUGCCCAUGUAAUUGCGACGAGUCAAGACAAUAAAUAUAUAAUUAUAAUAUAAAUUUUAACUGAUAAUCGGUUUUAGCCUGGUUUUGACCUUAGUUUAUGCAACGCUAGUCCUCUAAUUGCAAUUAACUCAUCUCCUAACAUUCAAAGUAACCAAUUUUGUUUGGAUUAAGCAAGUUUCUGUUUAAGCUGGAACUUUAAAUGCUAAGACUCAAGGAUAGCAUUAAAACCUUUCUUCAAGAGGGGAGGGGUUCUGACUGGUUCUCACUGAUUACAGUUCGACAUACCACAAAGAAUCCAUUAACGUAUACAACUCUUGUUUCGAUUUGCCCUAACAACAGAAAAGGCAGGUGUCAUGAAAUCGAUACCACCUUUGAGAACAACUACGACUUUCCUUUCACAUUCUAAAGAAUAAAAAUCUUAUUUAAUUUAACUUAGCAUUGGUCCAAUUACGGUAACCUUUAUAAACUUUGUGACAAGCUAUGAAAGAUGAGAACCAAUUACUAUCCUCUGUAGGAACUUUAAUUACUUGGGUUUCUGAUUGCGUUUCGAUUCAGUAAAUAAUUCGUAGGACUAAAAUCUAACUGUUGUUCAACGCAAAACCUUAUUCACAGUGCUUCUCACGAUAGAAUAAGUAAAUUCGCUCUGAAGAAGGCACAACGCUUGAAAUGUCAGCAUUAGGAACUCCGGCUUUACGGUGGCCAAUUUUACAUCAACUCAGUUUGUUAAAACCAAUGUAAUAACCUUGUAAUAUCCCCCACAGACGUAGCAUUACAGUUUCUUUCAAAGCUUAAUCUCUUUAUUCGGUACUAGUUCAGUUCUCAGUGAUACUCACAACAAAUUAUUUCGGUCCAUGCGGCGAAUUGUUGAUAGUCAAUAGACUUUUCUAUGCAAAGAGGAGAGGGUGGGAGAGAAACUAAGCCAAAAUUCAUAUCUGCAUGUUACUUAUUUUGCAGAUUUUUACAACCGUUGUUAGAUGGUUAAAUUUUAGCGUGACUGCAUGGGACCUGUGAAAGACUCUAAACUAGGGAUUCAGUUGUUCAUAAACUUCUCCUUACUUUAACAUCAGAAAGACAUCUUUCUGAUAUUUACUCAAGAAAUCCCCUCCCUUGUAAUAACGCUGAUCUAAAAUAAUCUAUCUCACCCUAGCAGAUCCUCUACGCACAGUCCGUUGUCCAGAGUAACCGCGGGAGAUCGUGAUAUAACCACAUGUUAUUGUAGCAGACCCAAUCGCAAUUUCAAUUAACCCACCGGAGGAUCUCCGGUUUAACUAAAACUGAUUGCAAAGAGAACAACAAUAUCAAUCUCUUGAUUGAUAUCCAGCAUCAAUUCGAUAGAAAACACUUUAAAGUGCUCGGUCCGAAGUCUUCAGUCGCAUUAUUAAAGUGACUUUCGCAACGUUAAGCGCUCGAGUUUCGCUUCUUUAAAAGUGAGAGGAAAAGAAUAUUAUGGACAUGAAUACAACCUCAAAGCCCGAUUCUACGGACAGAACGAGUGACGACAGUAUUUCCGCCUUGGACAUUGCACUAGUGAUACUAAACGUUUCUACCAGCCCUUUCAUAAUUGUUACAAAUAGCGUGGUUUUAGUCGCCAUCUGGAAAACAAGCUCUUUACACACUCCUGGCAACAUGCUACUGUGCAACCUCGCUGUCUCGGACUUAGCAGUUGGGUUACUGAUCCAACCUCUGUUUAUCCUCAAAACCUUACAGAGGUUGGUUGUUAACGAUGAUAUAUUAUCUUCCGUCUCUAAGACAAAAGACAUUGCAGGCAUCUGUCUCUGUGGUGUGUCCUUCCUCACCUUCACAGCCAUCAGCCUGGAUAGGAUGAUUGCUCUAAAAUUUCACCUACGGUACAACAGUCUUGUCACCAUGAACAAAACAGCUCUUGCAAUUGCUGUGAUAUGGACGGUGUCUGGUUUCUCCUCCAGUGCGAAACCGUUGAAGGCGCAUGCUUUGUAUCCAGUCUUUGGUCUUAUCAUAGUGUUUUGUCUUGUUGCCAAUUUCUUUGCGUAUUUUGAGGUUUAUAGAGUAGUUAUUCGACAUCAGGGACAGAUUCACUCCCAGAUGCAAGUUAUGUCGGCCAAUGCAGGCCAAGGGAUGCGCUUCAAACAGCUCAGAAGAUCUGCCGUGACCGUAUUUUAUGUGUACUGUCUUUUCCUUCUUUGUUAUCUUCCCUACAUUGCAACACUUGUCGCUGAUGUUUUCGUACGAACAAGCUUCGGCAAUGUCGGAGUGUCUCCAGUACCCUGA